AUGAAAUCUUCACUUGCCGAAGAGAAGCUCUUCACCCCGCUUCUUAGCUUAGAGUCUGAGAAGACGAAAUUUCGCCACUUUCGAGUUGGCUCGGAGAGUGAUUUGGAUUUUUUCAUUCGGAACGCGGUCGAAUUCAAUGUCUCAAACAUUGUCGAGGAGUUGUAUAAGGACCCAACUCUCCGCGAAGCAUUCGAGCUGAAAGGGUCCAUACAGUUCGAGAAUCAUGCCAAUAGGCUCAGUCCAGAACAGGAAAUUGAGGAUGGAGUGCGCGACCUGGAAAUUAGCCCACGACCAACAGCCCAGCGAUGCUCCCGGCGUCUAGCCGGUAGGGCACAAAGUGAACCGGGCGUCACGGCACCCCCGCCACCCAGCACUCCAGCCCCGGCCACUGUCAUCCGGCCCCGUGCUGAUCACUUCUGCGUUUACAACGUCUCUGGUGAACGAUCAGAAACAAGUCGGCGGGUUGCAGCCUAUAUCAAAGAGUUCAGGUGUCCCCAUAAAGUUACACUGGGCCACAUCUAUGGGGGGUUGGAGGAUAUGGACGUUGACCAAGUACUCAAAGGGAAAGAGAAGGAGACCAGCGAAGAUCGUCUCCGUCGAGUGAUGGCUGGGCUUCUUACACAGCCUUUUGACUAUAUGAUUCGUGCGGGUACCAAACGUGCCGUGUUUAGCACUGGCGAAGCAGAUAUUUAUCUGCGGAUCGAUGAGGAUCCUUCGACACUGUUCUAUCACUUGUCUGUCCCCAAGGGAGACGUUGGAGACACAACAGGCUGGGAUCCCUCCUCUGACAGUCCGAAUCGCCUACAUCUGACUGCUGUCGGGCAAGCUCUUGCUUUUACAGUCCAAGCACUUAAGUUGCACACUGAACCCCAGUCAUGGAUUGAGAGAGCAGCUAAUUCAUUGCCAAAGUGGAAAGUCGUGGUGGAAGAUAUUUUGAAAACUAUCUCAAAGGAAGAUACGCCGUCGUCGGAGUAUCGCCCUGCACGGCUCAAUUUUACCCCGAUGUCUCCGAUCCGUCUCCGCCCGAGACCACCCCCCAAAGCCAUCAGUUCCUGCCAAUCAUCGCAGACGAUCGCCAGCUCUGACGAAGACGACUCUGACUCUCCCGAUGCGCCCAGCCGAACCUCACAAGCUUCUGGGAAUCACCAGCGAAAUCGCGGGUCUAGAACCACCCAGACAACAUCUACAUCCGGCGGUGCGGCCGGAACGAGCUCCUCUUCUCAGCAGACGGGGAAUCGCCGCCGUUACUGCACGGUGGCAUGUCUUCGUGGCUUAAUCAGCCGAGGCGAGUUGGACAAGACAUGCCCAAAUGCUGCAGAACAUGGAACAACGCAUCACCGCAUCAACUCUGUCGAAUUUCUCGAUCUCCUUCGACGGCAAUUGGAUGAAACUGUGAAUGCCGACUGCGAAAGCUUAGGAAUUCAUGGCGCUCGUGGUGCUCUUCUCAAAGUAUCACUGUCGUCCCACGGCUACACGGUCCCUGCGAAAUGCACAACCGCGGAGUUCACCAAGUACUUGAAACAUGAAGCACUUGUUUACAAGAAGCUUCGUCCACUCCAAGGCAUCAACGUUCCACUUUAUCUCGGAAGCAUUGACCUCACACAUCCAUAUAGCUACGAGGGAAUUUGUUACCUCGUACAUAUGAUGCUACUUGGACCUGGUGGCUUUCCCCUUCGUGCGGUUCUCACUCCUGAAAAUGAGGCAUCUAUGUCAGCCAAGACGAAGGAAUCGCUUUCGGCUGUGCAUCGUUUGGGAGUCCUGCAUCGGGAUGCAGAACUCCGCAACUUCUUGUACAACUCAGAAACUGACAAUGUCAUCAUAUUGGACUUUGAGAGGGCUGAGAUCCUCAAGCAACGUCCUGCACUUGGGUUAAUAUCGCCCAAUCGGAAACGCAAACAUGCCUCCAAUUUGCGAAAGAGCAAGGAAGUAUUAGAAACUGCCUUCAUUCAGGAAAUGAACUCGGCGUUAUGGGGCGUACGGUGUCCGAAUUCCCGAUUCAGGGUUUUGACUGAAACCUGCAACUAA